AGCUCUCUCUCUCACUCACACACCUUUCAUCAAGUAAUCUCUGUCUAUACUUCUCUCGUUUAGAAAAAAAUGGAUGGAUUUGGAACGAAAUACGAGUGCUUGUUCUUUGAUCUGGACGAUACUUUAUACCCUUUGAGCAUCGGAAUCAACUUAGCUUGCCGAAAGAACAUCCAAGAGUUCAUGCUUAACCAACUUGGAAUUGAAGAGAGUGAAGUUCCAAAGAUGUGUUUGGAUCUUUACAAAGAAUAUGGAACCACCAUGGCUGGUCUCAAGGUUCUUGGUUACGAGUUUGACAACGAUGAGUUUCAUGAAUUUGUCCACGGAAGACUUCCAUACGAGAAACUGAAACCUGAUCCAGUUCUUCGUAAACUUCUUCUCUCUAUGCCUCACCGUAAAAUCAUCUUUACUAACGCAGACAAAGCUCAUGCAACACGAGCCCUUACCAGAUUGGGUCUAGAGGAUUGCUUCGAAGGAAUCAUUUGCUUCGAAACUUUGAACCCUUCUUCUGAUUCAAAGACUCAACAAAUUCUCUGCAAACCUUCUGUUGAAGCAUUUGAAGCCGCAAUUCGCAUUGCAGACGUUGUUGAUCCACGCAAAACGAUAUUCUUCGACGACAGUAUUCGUAACAUCGCUAGUGCUAAGGCAACGGGUCUAAAAACCGUGUUCGUGGGAGAUUCGGUGCUAGUUCCAGGUGCAGACUAUGCACUUAGCAGCAUUCACAACAUAAAGGAAGCAAUACCUGAUUUAUGGGGAGAUAAUAAAGAUGAGAAGCUCGAGCCAAUUGUUCAGCAAGCAGCGGUUGCAGCCAUGGUCCAUGCUUAGAGAAACAGUUCAAUAAGAAUCCCACAUUGAUUAAGAGAACCUUCAUUGUACUUUUAACACAUCUAUCCAAAAUAAAGAAACAAAAGACCAGAAUUUAAAAA